UGGACUGUCAGCUCCUGUGGUGAGGAUGUCUCUGUCUGCGGGAUCCGCCGAAAGCCAGAUGGAAGAGGAGCAGCUGGAGGAGAAGCAGAGGGACAAGCUGCCCCCCAUCCUGUGUGCAGCCAGCGCAGCCUCCUGCGGGGGGAUGGAGAGAGCAGCGAAGGGUCAGUUCUCAACGUUCAGCAGUUUCAUUUCGACCAUCAACCAAAAGAAGGAAGCCGCUGGGAACAGAUGCUCACCUACGCAGCUUGUUAUACCCAACAGCAAAAAUGUAAGGGACCUUCCGCCAAUAUGCCUUGAUGUUCGACAAAAGCAGCGAAUCUCCAUUGAUACGCUACCUGCAGAGAUGAAAGCCCCUAUCCUACCCGAACCUCCCAUUCCAGUACGGACCAAAACCCUAAAGGAUUUCCAGAUAGACUUGGACAAAGCGAAAUCCACGGGGGAAUGGAAAGUUGUGCACGAUUUCUAUUUAACCACAUUUGAUUCCUUCCUGGAGCUGAAUGCUGCAUUCAAGCGAGAUGUGAGUGCCUCUCUGAACACUAUUGAAGAUUCCAGAAUCAAUACAAAGUUUUUGAACGCGGUUUAUGAUGCCCUAUUAACUACUACUCAAGAUAUCCAGAAAACAGUACUAAAAGGAAUAAUUAACAGUCUCUUAAGGGAAUGGAAAGGACCAAGAAAUAAAGAUGACCUCCGAGCCUACUUUAUGCUGACACAGAAUCCACAGUUCAGCAGCGCCUCUACUUAUGUCAUCUACGCUCAUCUACUGAGGCAAAUCGCCACCUUGUCCGAUGCCGACCACAAUUUAUUAAUUCACUGGUUCAGAAAGAUGUCACAGAAGAGAUUCAAACAGCUGGUUGACCGACUGCUGCAGUUUAUCUCCUUGCGCCUCUUUCCUGCAAAACCUGAAGAGUUUCCACCUCUUGCAAAAUGUACAUGGUGGAUUCCAUCGGCAACCAAAGUGUUAGCGAUACUAAAUGCAGCGAAUAUGCUUUGUAACCCACCGUUAACCCCUUACUCUGAUUUCUAUAACUCCACGUUGGAUCAUAUUGAUCUCAUGGAAGACUAUCAAACCUGGCUAUUCUACGGGAACACGCACAGAUUUUCAUUUUGUCAGUUUCCAUUCAUCAUAUCCAUUGCAGCAAAAAAAGUCAUCAUUCAGAGGGACUCGGAGCAACAGAUGAUCAGCAUUGCACGGCAAAGUCUCGUGGAUAAAGUUUCUCGGAGGCAAAAACCUGAUAUGAACAUGCUGUUUCUUAAUAUCAAGGUCAGAAGAUUGCAGCUGGUCAGCGAUUCACUGGACGAGCUUACAAGAAAACGAGCUGAUCUGAAGAAAAAGUUGAAGGUUACCUUUGUAGGUGAAGCCGGCCUUGACUUGGGUGGCCUGACAAAAGAGUGGUUUCUUUUGCUAAUCAGACAGAUUUUCCAUCCCGACUAUGGUAUGUUCACGUAUCACAAGGACUCCAACUUCCACUGGUUCAGCAGUUUUAAGUGUGACAACUAUUCAGAAUUUCGUCUAGUUGGAACUUUGAUGGGGCUGGCUGUCUAUAACAGCAUCACUCUAGAUAUCCGCUUUCCACCUUGCUGCUACAAGAAGCUGUUGAGUCCUCCCAUAGUACCUUCUGACCAGAACAUACCUGUAGGCAUUGCAUCUGUCACACUAGAUGACCUGUAUCAGAUAAUGCCAGAACUUGCUCAUGGAUUAAAUGAACUACUAACAUAUGAAGGCAACGUGGAGGAAGAUUUCUAUUCUACAUUCCAGGUGUUUCAAGAAGAAUUUGGUGUAAUUAAGUCAUACAAUCUUAAACCUGGUGGUGAUAAAAUCCCAGUCACCAAUCAGAACAGGAAAGAAUAUGUCCAACUUUACGUAGAUUUCCUACUUAAUAAAUCCAUUUACAAGCAGUUCUCAGCAUUCUACUAUGGGUUUCACAGCGUCUGUUCUUCUAAUGCAUUGAUGUUACUGCGCCCAGAAGAAGUAGAGAUACUUGUGUGUGGGAGUCCGGAAUUAGACAUGCAUGCACUCCAGAAAAACACGCAUUAUGACGGCUACCAGAAAACAGAUCUUACCAUUAGGUAUUUUUGGGAUGUUGUACUCGGGUUCCCUCUUGACCUUCAAAAGAAGUUUCUACAUUUUGCAACAGGAAGUGAUAGAGUGCCGGUGGGAGGCAUGGUGGACUUGAACUUCAAGAUAUCAAAAAAUGAAACUUCAACUAAUUGGUUGCCAACAGCACACACCUGCUUUAACCAGCUGUGUUUACCUCCCUACAAAACGAAGAAGGAGCUAAAACAAAAGCUGGCCAUUGCUAUUUCCAACUCUGAAGGUUUUGGUCUCCAAUGAACACUGGAGACUUUGUAAUUUCUGCAUCCAUUGAGUACUGGUUGUGGUAGGGAAGAAGCAGUGCUGACUACCCCGCCAUUGUACUACACACAGCUGGUGCCAGUGUCAGACUGUACGGGAACCUUUCCUUUGAGAGAGAGAGAGAGAGCACUCCACUGAGAAUGAUGUGGGAAAGUUUGAAGAAUUUGUCUUGUAAAAACACAAAUUUUUACUUAGUAAUAAAACUUCAUGCAGGUCAGCAAAUCUUGAAGAAGCCGCUUUAUAAUCCUGCCAUGCAUUUAUACUGCUUUAUUAAUGUAGAAUAUGUUUAUAAUGAGUUGUAAAAGAGACGUGUAGAUAGAAUUUUUACAAUUUUCUACUUUGUGGCAUUGCAGGGAAUGGACGAGAACAGCAAGCAUUUGUCAGCAUUAUGUUCUAUUAUGUGUAUUUAUGAAUUUACAGUGCGUUGUCUCAGUCACAUGUCAUAUUUAUUUUAUAGAUCAUGAAAAUGAAGCAUGUUUGCCUUUUACAUGUUUUUAAACUCUCCACGGAAUAGUUAUGACAUUUACCUACUUAGUAUGGCACCACCUAGUUUCCAAUGUGUAUAACCAUGUGCAACUCCAUCUACUGUAUUUCUGCAUGGUCGAGUCACAUUAUUAUGACCAGCAGCCAAUAUCCAGAGUAAAUGCUGUGAACAGGCUGGGAGUGGCAUUAUUAUCUGUUCAUUUACAUCUGGAACGACUUUCAUUUUCUUUAUAUGUAUUGUGUAAAGGGAAAAUAAGCUUCAUUCUCUAUGACCUAUAAAAUGAAUACAACAUGUAGUAGUGGGAUGACCCUUUCACGUUUAUUUACCAGUGAGGGACUACCGGUGAUUUUAUCACUUACAUAGGAAAAAUGCUUUGCUUUUUCUAUAAAGGGUAUUGGUUUCUGCCUUUUUAACAUUGAACAUGAAGCGUUUUACAUAUGUAUGAACUUUGUUACUUUUGUUGAAUGCCAAAAUGGCAGGGAGUUUUGGUGAGCAUAUCAUUUGUAACUUUCUACCAAUGCCGAAUACCGUAUGUAUGUUCUAAAAGUGAAGGGGUGUCAGGGACACCGUUUAUAUGUAUAUAAUAGGAAUUUUUUUGGGGUGGCUUAUAUACCAUUGUUGCAUUGUUAAAUGUCCCCGACAACCCCUUUAGCAAGUUGCUGAGAAUGCCACUGACAGUUUAACCUAGAACGGCACUAGAAUUACGGUAUGCCACCUAGUCACAAGCGCGUUAUGAGAAAAGAGAAGCUGCAGGCUUUUCGUUCUAGGACCAGGGACAGACUGGGAACUUAAAGUGGUCCUGGAAAAAUAAACUGAAAGUGGCCCCAUGUUGUAGGCGAGUCCAAAUUGAGAGAAGGUGUGGCAAGCAAUACCAUAUUGCGGCACAAAAUACCACCCCAGAAGAACCAAAUACCACAGUGUGUCCUAAAAUAAUGUCCCAUCAACACAAAAUACCUCCCCAAAAGCUGCCCCUCUGUAGUGGCCCUCGCCUGCGGGGGGCAGGAUGUGGCAGCUCCAGUUGUCUUAAGAUGGCAAUAUCGUUAAAAUCUGGAGUCAUGAGGGGAGCGUCAGAUAUUUAUUUAACUGGCUGGUAGACCUGCGGAUGGCUCAGGUGGCCCCCUGGCCAUUAGCCCACCAGGAAGUUUCCCAAUAAGGACUAUGGUCAGUUCGUCCCUGUCUAGGACUCCCACUCGCAGUCCCAUGUAAGCGCUUACAUUAUUAUCUGUUUACUUAUAUCUGUAACGACUUCCAUGUAGGUAAAGUGGUUGUCUGGGACUUACUUUUGUUUUUUGCGUUACCUGACGUACAAGAGCAUCUUCUGCCAUAGGAAACACUUUUUGUUUCAUUUUGAUAUGGGUCAGGAGGUUAUGAUGAUUGGCAAGCGGCACCAUCGAGGGAAAUUCAUGUGCCGUACAAUCGGACUGCAAUCUUCCAUUGAAGGGAGACACCAUGUACAUCAAGGGCUGUGUCAAACAGCGCAUGCGCAAGAUUUUCUGGCUGCAUUUGUGCGGUCACAAAAGUCGAGUCCAGAGGAUCUUGUAUAUCAUGUAGGUCACGUCAAAUUCUUACUUUCAGUGGCUGUCCCUUUUUCAUGUACAUGGUCUGCAAGUCAUGUCCCAGUGUCCAAGCUGCACCUGGGCAAUUUUCUGUACUUGCCCAAGAGGGCAGAUACUGUUGGAAAACAAGGGGUGUUUUGGGUGGAUCCAAAGCAAAGAGUUUGAGCACAUGCUAAGAAUUUGGGGUUUUGUAGUUUGAGGCUGUGUUCAUUACAAAUCCCAUGCCCGUUAUUUUCCGAUUUUGUAGAUUUUUAAAAAAAAAAUUUAAAUUAUAUUUACUAAACAUGAUUAUGGGGGCAGCCAUCUUGUCAGAUCUGUUCUUAAUAGCAUUUAUAGAAAAGCUUUACAGAAGCCACCAUGGGCCAUAGACACAAUGGAGAGGAGGGGACCACAUUGAUUUACAUGGGGAGCAUCCUCUAGGCAUGCUGUAUGCAGAGGACGGGGAGUAGAUGAGCUUUGAUAGCAACUAUUGCAAAUGGUGGAUCCUGUGUUAUCUAUAUAUGCAGUAGAUGAUAUCGGUCAUUGUAAUCCUGCCAGGAUUUUUUAUGAGAUAACUGCAGAAAAAAUUAUCUAUACAGACCAAGAAUUGGCACCUAUUAUAAGCCUAGUGGACAGUGUGAAAACUGCAGGAUUUUAGAUUUUUAUUUUUUUUUUAAAUAUAGACAGUGACAUGGGAAAAAAAACAAAAAAAAUAAAUAAAUAUCCUUUCAAAAUACGAAAUAUAAAAACGUAAUUUUAAUAACAUGACACAUUCCCUUGAAAUCUUUUGCCUUAUGCCAUUACAUAAACCGACAGCAAGACUAGAAUAAUGAGUAGGGUAAAGCAAUAUGUACUAGGAAUAGUAAGGAGGUGGUCUAUAUGACUUGGCCGCCUGUUUGUAUAUAGAUUAUGUAAAAUAGAUUCAGUGGCAGAGAUAUAUUUUUGGAAGAAUUCAUGACAAAGAGAACUUUAUUCUGUAUCUCUGAAGUUUUUUUUUUUUGAAAUUAUUGCUACUGAGUAAUACUGAUCACUGAAGACGUCUGGAGUUGUAGUGAGACUUCAGUAAAAUAUUUAACUAGUUAGAAUAACUACGGUAAUGUGUUGCAUGAGAAGUCUUGCUGGAUGAAGACUAUUUACAAUAAUGAUGAAAAGAACAUUUCGGUGAAUGGAAAUACAUUACAUUCCUGGUCACCCAAUGGCGUUCAUGUGUUUAUGGCAUAGUUUCAUGUAGUUUCGUAUGUAGCGAUUUACAGUAUGUAACAAAAGCAAAUGUUAUGAUCUUGCUGAGAUAUCAUGUCCUUUUACACGUUUAUAUAGUAUUUGUAUGAAAUUCAGCUUGUCACGCCGCCUUUUGUGCCUGUUAUAGCAGACGUUACCUGGGAGCUGAGGCUUCCACCCAGUUGGCUGUUUUUCUGACUUUGAGUCUGAUAGAGCUGUUGGCUUUCUGCUAGAGUAAUUUUAUUUUAAGACUGAUGUAUGCCAACAUCUUGUUUUCAUUGCAUGUUUCUAGCUAUUGGAUCCUGGGGCAAGACUUUCCAUUCCAUUGAUUCCUUUUGAUCCUCAGAUGGUGGAAUGGCUAAGUGACUCAUUUCAUAGGGAAUUUCAUCAGCAGGUCGAUUUUAGGUGUACUAUUCUGUACUCAUAAACUUCUUAAAGGGGUUUUCCAGGACUUUAAUAUUGAUGACCUGUCUUUAGGCUAGGUAAUCAGUAUUGGAUCGGUGAGGGUCUGGUUCCCAGAACCCCACCAAUCCACUGGAAGCCAAGCACAGCUUCAUACACCAUGUAAUGGCUGUGUCUGUGCAGCAAGCUGUAUUUUGCUGAUCACUCUUCUGUCUUGUCGCACUAAUGCUUUCUGGAAGCAGUAUUCUUGAUUUGACGAUCUCUCUGGAGUGUUAAUCUGACAGGAGAAUAAUAUCUGGUUCUAAGGAGUAGGAGCUUUUACAUGUACUUCCUCUCUCUUCUCUGUGUGAACUGGAUGUCCACCAUCUGGUAGCCCACUGCUACCAAGAGGAGAAGAACAGGGUGGUUGGCCCUUGUUCCUGCCAACCAUACAUUUCCUGAUGGAACACGUGGCCAAAACAAUAAAUACUUAACAUUACACAUUGCACAACUAUAAACAUUUGCAGAUACCCCCCAGGUGAGGGGUACUGAAUCUGUUGCUGCACUCCUCCUGUUUAAGGAAAUGCGAGAAAGCUGUAGUAACCAGGCAUAUCCACUAUAUAGUGUACGGAGCUGUUCCUGCACACAGCUGUUUGGUGGAGGUGCCAGGGAUCGGACUUCCACUAAUCUGAUAUUGAUUACCUAACCUAAGGAAUAGGUCAUUAGUCUUCCUGGAAAGCCCAUUUAAUUAUAGCUUUAUAGUUUUUCCCUGAUAACAGACAAAUUCCGUGCAUUGGUAGAGUAUAAGGUCAAAUCAUGGCUGUCCAUAGCUGCCACUAGGUGGAGCCUACUGCAUAACUGUUUCAUUAUUGAGUUCUUUGUGUAAACUGUAAGCUCCUUCUAGUGGUGGCUGCAGGUAACUACAAUGGUAUAAUUUAGAUUUAUGUGUACAGGGUAUUUGGAGCUCUGUAUCAGAAUAGAAAUUGAUCUCCUCAUUAGAGAUGAGCGAAUUUCAUAUUCUAUAACGGAAUGCCUUUAGAGGCAUUCCGUUAUUCAUUUCGUCAUAAUAGA